AUGCGGGAAGGGUUGGCGCUGCCUGGCGGCCCCGGCGCUGCCCCGGGCCCCGGCUUCGCUCCGGUACCCGGGUUCCUGGCCAAGCUCUGGGCGCUGGUAGAGGACCCGCAAAGCGACGACGUCAUCGGUUGGAGCAGGAAUGGUGAGAAUUUCUGCAUUCUGGAUGAGCAGAAGUUUGCCAAGGAGCUACUCCCCAAGUACUUCAAACACAACAAUAUCUCCAGCUUUAUACGACAACUUAACAUGUAUGGGUUCAGGAAGGUGAUUGCCCUGGAGAAUGGUAUGAUUACAGCAGAGAAAAGCUCAGUCAUUGAGUUCCAGCACCCUUUCUUCAAGCAAGGGAAGGCACAUUUGCUGGAAAACAUCAAGCGCAAGGUAUCUGCAGUAAGAACUGAGGAUCUCAAGGUCUGUGCAGAGGAUUUGCACAAAGUGCUUGCUGAAGUCCAAGAAAUGAGAGAGCAGCAGAACAACAUGGAUGUCAGACUGGCUAACAUGAAGAGAGAAAAUAAGGCCCUGUGGAGAGAAGUGGCAGUUCUAAGGCAGAAGCACAGUCAACAACAGAAGCUGCUGUCUAAGAUUCUUCAAUUUAUACUAAGUUUGAUGCAAGGAAAUUAUAUUGUUGGGGUCAAAAGAAAAAGGUCUCUAACAGAUGCUGCAGGUGCUUCACCUUCGAAAUACAGUCGUCAGUAUGUUCGCAUACCUGUUGAAAGUGGCCAAGCAAUGGCUUUUUCUGAACAUAGUGCAGAUGACGAGGAUGGAAAUGGUACAGGUCUCAUCAUUCGAGAUAUCACCGAUACUGUGGAAAAUGCCACCAGUGUUCUCCCUGCUGUGGCACACACAAGUGGCAGAGCCAGAGAGCCACAGGCCCCUGUGGAUCCUGGCUUACCUAUUUGUCAAGUAUCACAGCCAAAUGUGUUAAAUUGUGCAGAAUCUGUCCCACCAGUUCAUAUAAAUGAUGUCAACAAACUUGGUGAAAUAGGAAAUGUUGCUGUGGAACUCCAUACUGCACAACCUAAUACUCCAGAAGACCCCGUAUCAGUGAUUGACUCCAUCUUGAAUGAGAGUAACUCUGGAAACCAAAAUGAUCCUUUGCUGGACAGAGAAGAAAUUCAGGAUUUUCUUAAUUGCAUCGAUGCCAACCUUGAAGAGCUUCAGGCAAUGUUAUCUGGGAAGCAGUAUAACUUUGGUUCUGAAGCUUUCAAUGAUACACUUAAUCCUGAGCUGCCAGCCCUGGAUAUGAACUUGAUGGAAACUUCCUCUGGUAUGGAAAAUAUUGUAAACUUGGCAGAGAGCACUGAAGACCUGGGAUCAAGUGAGACAGAAACAGCAGGAAGCAAAGAUAUGCAGCUGAUACAGUACAGGGCCAAUCCUCUGCUUUCAUUAUUUGAAGAACUACCUUCAGGUGAAGCUGCAGGGAAGAUAGAUGACCCAAAAGACCUUCUACUGCCUCCACUGGAGGAGAAACCUGCUCUUCAUCCUCCAUCGGGUAGUGGAACUGUCUUGCCGCUAGCAGCUCCAGCAAGCCAAGCUGAGCAUCUGGAUGCUCUGGGAAUGGGUGACCCACCUCUCCUCUCAGAAGAUGGAAAUGGAGAGUAUAAACUGUUUCCACUCUUGCUCCUUAGUCCUGUUGCUAACUUCAUAGAAGAGGCCUCUGAAAUAGAAACUUCCUGAACUCACAUCGCACCUGUAACUGGCUUAGCAAUGAGAAAUAGAUAGCAAAGUGGAUCAGCAAGAAGUUUGACCUUUCUCCUCGCCUGCUUCCUGGGUGUCAUAUUCUAUAUGGACAAAUUAAAGUUCUCUUCAAGCAAAGAGCACAUCUAGAAAAACUGAAAACGAGGUCAAAGCAAGAGCUGGUGGGAGUGAAGGCACUGGGGGGGGGGGGGGAAGAGAAAAGCCUUCUUAUAAGCAUACCACAACAUAUUCCAUAACUUUUUAUCCAGUAUCUUUAUUGCAAGAGGAGAUUUGUUUGUAUCCUGUUUGUAAAAUUUGGCUGGUUUUUCUUUUUUUUUUUCUUUUUGGAAGGGGGGGAUGUGUUGGUUGGUUUUGUUUUAUUAGCUGAAUAGUAAUGUGUGUAAUAUUUUAAACAUGGGUUUUACUCUUCCUGAGAGCCUGUUUAUUUCUGUAUUUUUAAUUUUGUUUUCAAUUUGAGAUAUCUUUUUUUGAUAGUUUAUGGCUAUAGUUGUUUGCAUCUGCUUACAUCACUUCCGUACUCCUAGAUUUGCUCCUAGGUACAGGGAACAUUUUUCCUAUGGAAAAUUACAUUUUAACGGUGGAAUAUUACUUUUUAACAUGCUAGCACACAUCCAUUGCCACGGAUUGUAGGUAUUGUGGUAGGAAGUGCUCGCCACCCUGCAUAGCGUUGAUUUCUCAUGCACAUUGCAUGGCAGUUCUUCUAGGAUAGCUUGCGCCUAGCUCACAGGUCAUGUGUCCUCAGAAAUUUUGAGUAGAACUGAUUCAUGUCUAGUAAAGUCCAGCAGCUUCCCUUAAAUGGGGGAAUUAAAAACAAAAAAAGGAUUCAUGGGGUAACUUGCAUUGACAUAGGUCAUUCAUUACAUUAAGGUUUCUCUUCUGCUUGUGGUAACUGCUUGUUUACCUGACCCUACAUGAGCACUGGACUUUUUUUGCUUGUGGAACCUUUAAGCUAAAUUAACCAGCUGCAUUUGAGUCCUUGGACAGCAAAUUACAAAAACUAGUGUCUGCUUAAUCAAAAACAUCUUUCCCCAAAAUUCCUUUCUGCGCUGUGUUCCUAACUUCUUUGAGCAGCUGUAAUGCAGACAUCAGCCCCUAGUGUCAGUGAAGUAGAAAAUUUUUCACUGAUACCAGGUUUGUAGCAGUCUACCGCUAGCCCACGCAAACCUGAAAUUUGCUGUGGUGAUACCAAACUGAUGGGGCUAGAAGAGCCUGGAGACAGGUAAAAAACCUGUUGUAUAAUUUCAUGUGAUGUUUCCUACCAGCACAAUUACUUGAAAUUUAUUUCAGUUUUAGGAAUUCAGGCUACCUACAGGCUUUAUUCUCUCCAGAGUUUCUGAACUUGUAAGUUUUGAGUUCUUUUAUAUUCAAGAACCCAAUUUGAUAUUCUGAAGCCUAGUAGAUAAUGCAUGAUGUCUAUGCUGGGCUUAAUUGGAUUUGUGCUUCAUUGUCAAAUCUUUUGGUGCAGAGGAGGAUCUUGCUACUGAGUGUGUGUAUGUGUGUAAUGCUUUUACAGUGUCAUUUUAUUCUCAUGCUUCUGUAACUGUUCCUUACCUCAUGCCCUCUCACGUUUGUAUCUUUUAAAUUGCCUUUUGUCAAGUUCAUCUUAUUCUAGCCUUUUUCAGUCUUUCAUUUGCUUACUUCUUGAGACAAAGGGCUGAAUAGUUUCAAGUUUUCAUGAGCUAAAGGGAGAGAGGAAAUGGGUGAAAUGCAUUUCUGUCUUGGGUUCAGGUUUGCUUUUAUUGUUUUGGGGUUUUUAUUUCUUCCCAAAGGUCUCAUUUCUGCCAAGAGUUGAAGCAGUAAAAAGUAGGCUUUUCUUCUGUGCUGUUUUGACAGCACUGUGCAGACAACCACAUUCUUUGAGAGGCUGAUCUUCUGACUUCCUGAACAGGUUAGACUGAAAUGUAGUUCCUGUUAUGGAUUACUGUCAUGUUCUUCCAUCACAGAGUCCUCUGAUCUCAGUGUAUCUCACCAUCAGAUAUUUGAUCUGGUUGCAUAUAAGUUUUUUAAUGCACUUUGUCUCUUAAGAAACCAAAGCUUAAGAAAACUGCAAAUACAAACUUGUGUGUCUGUGUCUGGUUUAUGUAGUGGUCUAGGAAAAGUGUUUGUUUAUGCAAGUUUCCUAAAAAAAUAAAAAUAAAAAUAUGAUAAUGGAAAGGGGAAGGCUGAGUAGAAAGAAAAAUCCACAUCCUGAAAUAAUUAAAUGCAAGAAUUGCAAAACCA